AUGAGUCAUUUAUUACACGUGAGUAUACAGAGGAAGAGGUUCUAUUUCAACUGUCAAAAGUUAAGACAAAUAAGUCAAUGGGACCUGAUGGAAUACACCCAAAGCUAUUAAAAGAGCUUAGUGGUGUACUAGCAAAACCAUUAACAGAUUUAUUUAACCAAUCAUUAACAGGAGUAGUCCCAGAAGAUUGGAAGUUAGCGAAUGUUGUGCCCAUUUACAAGAAAGGUAAUAGGGAGGAGUCGGGCAACUAUAGGCCAGUAAGCCUUACUUCAGUAGUGGGGAAAGUGAUGGAAACCAUGUUAAAGGAUAGGAUUGAUGAACAUCUAAAACACAUGGAUUUCAAGAUCAGAGACAACAUGGGUUUACUUCAGGGAGAUCAUGCCAAACUAAUCUUAUUGAUUUUUUUGAUUGGGUAACUAAAAUUAUAGAUCAGGGUGGUGCAGUAGACAUUGCUUACCUAGAUUUCAGUAAGGCUUUGACACUGUUGCACAUAGAAGGCUUAUCAAUAAACUGCAAUCUUUAAGUUUGGAUUCCAAUAUUGUUGAAUGGGUAAGGCAGUGGCUGAGUGACAGGCAACAGAGGGUUGUAGUUAAUGGAAUAUAUUUGAAGCUUGGACUUGUCACCAGUGGGUACCUCAGGGAUCUGUACUUGGACCCAUUCUCUUUAAUAUUUUUAUUAGUGAUAUUGCAGAAGGUCUUGAUGGUAAGGUAUGUCUUUUGCUGAUGAUACUAAGAUAUGUAACAGGGUUGAUGUUCCAGGAGGGAUAAGCCAAAUGACAAAUGAUUUAGGUAAACUAGAAAAAUGGUCAGAAUUGUGGCAACUGACAUUUAAUGUGGAUAAGUGCAAGAUAAUGCAUCUUGGACGUAAAAACCCAAGGGCAGAGUACAGAAUAUUUGAUAGAGUCCUAACCUCAACAUAUGAGGAAAGGGAUUUAGGGGUGAUUAUUUCAGAUGACUUAAAGGUAGGCAGACAAUGUAAUAGAGCAGCAGGAAAUGCUAGCAGAAUGCUUGGUUGUAUAGGGAGAGGUAUUAGCAGUAGAAAGAGGGAAGUGCUCAUGCCAUUGUACAGAACACUGGUGAGACCUCACUUGGAGUAUUGUACGCAGUACUGGAGACCGUAUCUUCAGAAGGAUAUUGAUGUCUUAGAGAGGGUUCAGAGAAGGGCUACUAAAUUGGUUCAUGGAUUGCUGGAUAAAACUUACCAGGAAAGGUUAAAGGAUCUUAACAUGUAUAGCUUGGAGGAAAGACGAGACAGGGGGGAUAUGAUAGAAACAUUUAAAUAUAUAAAGGGAAUCAACACAGUAAAGGAGGAGACUAUAUUUAAAAGAAGAAACUACCACAACAAGAGGACAUAGUCUUAAAUUAGAGGGACAAAGGUUUAAAAAUAAUAUCAGGAAGUAUUACUUUACUGAGAGGGUAGUGGAUGCAUGGAAUAGCCUUCCAGCUGAAGUGGUAGAGGUUAACACAGUAAAGGAGUUUAAGCAUGCGUGGGAUAGGCAUAAGGCUAUCCUAACUAUAAGAUAAGGCUAGGGACUAAUGAAAGUAUUUAGAAAAUUGGGCAGACUAGAUGGGCCGAAUGGUUCUUAUCUGCCGUCACAUUCUAUGUUUCUAUGUUUCUAUGUGUUUGGGCCGUGGUACUUGGUGCAUGCGGUCUAUGAACAGCAUGUCAGCAGGGAUAUCAGGCACGUAGGUAUGGAGUAGGCCUUGGAUAUAGGCUGGUAGGUCUGCUGUUGUGAUGUCUCGGGUAUCCCCCUAAUGCGGAUGUUGUUUCGUCAUGCUCGGUCCUCCAAAUCUGCAAGUUUCGUUUCUGUUCGGUCUAAUUUUGCCUCCAAUUCUUCCACAUGGUCUGCUAGGUCAUUGUGUGCGGAGGUAAAUUCCUCCAUUUUGGAUUCCGUAUGCGCUGUUCGUUGGCCGAGAUCUUUAACGUCUUUGUGCAGGGAAUCCAUUGAUGCCUGCCAUGAUGAUAUUAAUUUCCUGGAAAGAUAAUCCAGUGCUUUGGACAGGUAAGUUGUAGUGAGGGUACUCCCUUGGUUUUACCUUUAAGUUGCAGGAGGGUGGCUGGGGAUGAUGGGAGUGGAUGCCUCUGGUGUCCUCCGCUCUCCCUCUUCUCCGCUCUCCCCUUGCGCGGAGUAAGCUGGGAGGAAGUCACCCCCCGUCACUUCCUCCCAGCAGCACUUGCGGUGUAGCCGCAAUUUUUUUUUAAAGGGGCCCGGUCGCGCUAUUACGCGGCCGCAGUGCUGACCGGCCCCCUGAAGAUGUAGGGCCCAUCAGGUGGCCCUAAAUGCUCGGCCACCUGAUUGACCCCGGUGCAGAUGCACCUGCGGCAGUUUCGCCGCUCCAUGUGGGCCCGGACGGCCCUCAUGGUUGUCACCCCCUGAUGGCAGCCCUGUUUGUAGAACAUUAUCUUGUUACAAAAUAAUGAAAGAGCAGAAAUGAUUUGUUUUAAUGAAGUUAAUACCAUCAGAACCCCAGUAAGGAAUGUAUUUCACUAAUAAAGUCAAUGCUCCUCUACAAUUUGCAUAAAAACCACAGACCAUCCGUCCAGAAUCUCACAACUUCAAAUCAUCAAACAGAAACCAUCAAGUGUAACGGACCAUUUUGCACAAAAGGAAAAAAAAAACGCUUAGACGAUAAUCCCCUUUCAGAGACAGGCACAGCUACUGUAGAAUCACCAAAACUCACGAAUUGAAUACAAGUGAAUGCUCCAAACUCCCGAACGGCAUACAAGGGAAUGCUCCAAACACUCGAACUGCAUACAAGGGAAUGGUCCAAACACUCGAACUGCAUACAAGUGAAUGCUCCAAUCGAACUGCAUACAAGUGAAUGCUCCAAACUCCCGAACGGCAUACAAGGGAAUAAGGUAGCACUCCAAAUACACAAACAGGAACCAUACGAAUUGCUGCUACCAGACGAACAGGAAAAGCUCCCAAGCGGCUUACACUCCUGGCAAUCAGUCCUUAGCAGCAUACAGUAAAUCCCCCCAAAGACGAGACAGAGCUCCGUGUUGAGGGUCAAGCAGUGGUCUGUUUAAUGAGGGCUACCUGCCCAGUAUUUAUGCAGGUCUCCCACCUGGUGGACACUCCCCUAGGGGACCAAAUGGGAGACUGUGACAAAAGACAGACAAGUAGACAAAUAGGACACACAGUCACAAUAUAUUCCCACAAUGCAUCCUGGCUUCCUCCCCUCUGCCCUGGGAGAUAAUUGGGAAGUAAUUAAAUUAUCUCCCAAGACAAAGGCAAAACUCCAUUACACAUGUGGGGAUACAAAACCAGUAUUAUACUUUAAAAUACAUAAAGUAACAUUUAUUACAUAAAACACAGACAUGUAACAUAUCCCCAGAUAGCUCAGGUCUGAGCGCACAUUAUUAAGCGAAUGGCGCUCAGACCACACGAAUACAGUUUAAUCGCCAUGGAGCCAAAGUCUUUACAGUCAGUUUCAUACGAAUGGGCUCCAUGGGAUUCCUAUCUGGGGUAUAACACAUUCAACCAAAACUACCGAACACCGGGCUGUUCGUGCACUUCCACCGAACAAGAAGGGAGGUCGGCGGCUUCAGCGGUGUUCGCGCAAAACUGUGUCCGAUUUUAGUUCCAUGAAAAUAGGGGCGAACACCGCUGUGCAUUCGUAUGUUUAAAAUGGCCGCGACCUCGUGUUCGGGAUACGAAUGGCAGCCACCCAGCAUUCGUCAAUUAAGCUGCGGUUAACCGCAGCUUAAGGGAGGUUAAUUGCCGGCACACUCCAGCUCCCAGGUGGUCCAGUCAUUCGUAUGGUUGUUCGGUAGAUUGAAUCUACCGAACCACAGGCAGAAAAGCACGAAUGAAGCUUUUCUGCAGGUAAAAAAGAUCUUUUAACAGGGGGCCAUAGUCCAAAGGCAGCAGGCGAGCAACCAGGCUUCUCCAAUGCAAUGUGGCGAGAUUGGUCUCGUCACAUCAAGGAAUAGAUAUGGAGACUAUGGAACAAAAUACUGCAACAAAUAAUACAUAUUGCUAAUAAAUGGCAGUUAUUCUGCUUAUUGUUAUUCUUUACCCCCUUCUUUGUCUUCUAACUGUACGAUUCACUUUCCAUGUUAAUCAAUAAACACGGAUGAUUUUGUCCAUUAGGACAAGAACUCUGCUUGUAAUUCUCUCAUUUACGAAAAACAAUUAUUACGGAAUUUGGUUGGUCUGAGUGAAUCUGCAGGUAUCGGCUAGAUGCAUUCGUUGUCCGGAUUAGAAUUGUAGAUUAUGCUAGCUUUAGUGUACCUGUAAUCUUAAUUUUAUUAAUGAACGGAGGCGAGUAUUUGUGUAAGUCUCUCUUACUAGAACUCCACAGCAGCACAGAAAAACAACCAAUCAGAAAAAAGUUAGGUACUAUAAAACUCCCCUCCCCAUACAUCAUUUUCUCUUUCAAGCUGCGACAAAACAGAACAGAAGGCAGAAAAUACAAUUGGGAAGAAACGAAGUCCUAGAUACAAUGAAUACAACAAUGUCCACCAUCCAAGCGGAACUGCCAAACCAGAUAGCGAUGAUGGACUGUAAGCUGAAACGAGAGAAAAACAGAAUCAAACAGGUUGGUUAGCCAAUGAAAUGUACUCUGAACAAACAUGUAGGUACCCAAUGAAGCAAUCAAAAUACCCUAAAAUGUAGAGAUCCCAACCCUACGCAUGAAAAACAGACUUAAGAACAAGUCCACAAAUCCAACGCUGUUUGUUUCGCUGGUACCUAUUCCAGGAGAUACUAGAGCAAUCCUAAAUGGACCUUCCAACUGUGAGAAUUGACAGUAGAUGGAUCGAUGGAGAUGCCAGCUGUUGAGGCACCCCAAAUACGGGAAAACACCAUCCACUGUUAGAUCCAUUGUACGUGGGUUGCGACCUGUUUCCUAGUAGCUGGUCCAUGAGCUGCCAAGCUGACCUAUUAGCCAUUCUCCUGUCGGUGUAAAAUCCCAAAGGUCAUUUGCGGACUUAGGGCCACGAGAAGCAACUGCCACCAGGUUUCGACUCUUGAUGUGGAAGACGGUUCCUCCUAUCAAGCCAGGGUCACCCGAUGAUGUGGCCUUGCAGGCAAAUUUCCAACCUCAAGAAAUGCGCCUAAGUCUACCACAAAUUCCGUAGCAGAACCGAGUAGGGUCUUUUCGUUCCCUCAUGACCUACCGGGUGAGUGGUCUCAUCCGUGAAUGAAUUUAUUAUGCAGGCAAGAGUGCGGUCAUAGCCUUAUCCUAAGUGAUUCCAGUACUCCAAAUGGACCCGCGACUACGGUAGAGAAGGAACGUAAACAGGGGUUGAGAUUUUCAUCCAGAUAUAUCAUCGUUGAAGAGUGAUAAGUGGUCAGAUCCAAUGGUAAUUGGGGCCUGUAUAACGUGCUGUAGUGAGAAAGUGAAAUAAUCUGAUUACUUGUUUGUAUGAUCCUGUUCCAUGCCCGACCUGUCAAUGACUGGUGAUAUGACUGAGCCGAAGUAAAUAUAUUAAACAAAUAGGUAUGUAUUCACCCGUGAAAAAUAUCUCCUGUCCUGCUUUAUAAAUCACGUGAUUAUGUUGAACUUGGGUUUUGCAUACAUAAAUGUGCAACCUAGAUCAUGGUUGUAAAACUCAGAAUUUCAUGUUUUUUCGCUAUUAUUUUAUUAACUAUUAAAUGCUAGAUUGGACACUUGUACAUAGAUCAUGGCUGUAAAUUCAGAAUGUGUCGGAGCUCCUGGGCUGCACGUCACCUACAGGAUAAUAUAUUGAGACCUUUAGGUCCCUGUACCCCUGACUGUCCGGGCACGUAUCUCCAAGAGUAGGCCCUAGGCCAAGGGCUCCAGGAAUGUGAGUUAGGGAAACGAAGUCAAGGCCUCCCUAUAGAGGAAUACCUCCCUUCUUAGUCUGGAGUCCUGCAAACUCAUAGCGUUCUCUAACACGCAGGCAAGACGUAAAGUCCCUUCACUCACGACAGGUGAUAUAGCGAAAGCAAGGGUCUAGCUUCAACCGUCCGAAGCAGGGGUUGUCUAGUUUGAGGACGUCGGCAGCCAUAUAUGAGCCUGCCACACAUCCUGAGCAAUACUCCAGUGGUUGAAUUGAAUGCAGGAGGGACGCCCCUCUAUGCCGUACUCAUUGUCCUGUACAGGUACAAACCUGUGUGAUGAACAAAUGGACGGCACCGUAGUGUGUUGAGUGUAUGAGAGAGCCGCAUUCUCUAAUAAUUUAACCGAACUCCAUGUCAGCAUCAGGCUGGUAGCAUGAGCAGGCCGUACCCAUUAAAAACUAAAUUUACUGUCUACAUCUGUGUCCAGUUCUGUCUAUGAGAGUAGGUCACACUCAACACAUGUUCCCUGUAUCCCUCUCAGUAUCGUACUGAGGUUGAGGGAGGGCUGCGCCCUCUAAUAAUGACUCAUUGUCUAUUCAGUAUAUGAGAGGGGUUCGCUCUCUACACGUGUAAACAAAAUAUCAGUGAAUGGGGCCGAUGUGAUGGAGGGCCGCACCCUCUUGUAAUCCAAACUAGGGCCCAUCUCGGGCUGGGCGACUGCAUUAUCAGUUUAGGACUAAGGUCCUGAGGUGGGGUCCCUCUCUGGCCAUGAGAUCUCUCCCUGAAUCAUUCCCUGAGAGGCGGGAUCGAACUGGGAAUAAACCAGACCGAUAGUAUACAGAGUAGUAUUUAACCUCAGGUCGUGCCCAUUUCCACAAUUGAAAAGGGGAUGCUGAGAGAAUGUAACAGCAGGAAAAAUGAUUGAAUCUACCAAGGGACUGCCCUGAUCCCACGCGUGCGGGAUCCAAGAUGACUGCCGGUAGUCUGGGGAAUGCUGGAGACGUUCUCCACGAUCCACAAGUCUGGCCUCUCGAUGACCCGAGUGAUAGGAUAUGAGAAGACCAGAAAAAACAGAGAAAUAACAAACCAAAGCAUACGAGAAAGGAAAAUACAUACCUUGGGAAAAUUAAUGGGUAGGAAGUAAAAGACCGGAAAACCUGACUGAAAGGGCCCAGACCCAAAAUGAAUACCGGACAUGCAGCUAAAGGAUAGUAGCUAAAAGUAAGGGAUUACCUAGAACCCCUGUUGAUGUCUGAGCACUGGUCCCUACAUGUGCAUCAGAACAGAACUCUCUGUGGAGAUGUGCCACCGCCGGGCUGGAGCAAACUGUGGCUGCCCGCCCGGGGAUCUUAGUAGAAAUCUCGUCCUCAGGGCAUGAGGUUUAGUGCCUUCACCCUUUCAAUCAUAUAAUGUGCAUGUAUACUGUGUCACCUCAGGGCAUAUGGCAGCCGUGUCAAUAGUGGGUAUUGGGCUUUCCUCAGUAUAAUCUCCCAGGCCUAUGGCAAAGAGGGGGUUCGGGCACCACCAGAGCAGGCCAAUCCAAUGGGCACAGACGCAGCAGGCCAGUGAAUGGGGCACAGACCUAGCAGGCCAGUCAAUGGGGCACAGACCUAGCAGGCCAAUCAAUGGGGCAUAGACCUAGCAGGCCAGUCAAUGGGGCACAGACCUAGCAGGCCCUUCAAGGUAGCACAGACCUAGCAGGCCAGACAAUGGGCACAGACAGAGCCGGCCACUCACAGGAGGUGUGUUCUGCCAGCAGCAAUCUGCGUGUGUAGAGCCCCCUUUCUAUAUAGAGAAUCUUGGGGUAAUUAGAUGCACAAGCCACUUGAAAUACUAAAUCAUCAUGGUAGUGAGAAAUUGUGCUAAGGGCACUAAAAUAGGAAUUCUGGCAGUCCCCCAAAUGCCCUGCAGCCACUGGUCACUGGGCCGUCCAUGCUGUAAAAAUCCCAGUGUAGAACAGAUAAAGCAGUACCCAAACUGCAUCCCAACCUAGUUUCUUCAGCAUUAUACCUUAGAAAGGGGUGUUAUGGUGACUGGUUUGGGUAAAAUCUGAUGCAGGGUCAAGGAAAACAUAUACAGUCUGAUAUGGUCACAUGAAAAAACUGUCACAACACGUUUGUAUGUAACAUGAUCAGUGUAAAAAACAGUGAUAUCUGUUACUGCUUGUUUAAAACACGAAAGGAAAAACAAGCACAGAAAAGCAAAACACUCAAUAAAAUUGAAAGACCAAGCUGUUAAUUUAUGACAGCCAAGUGUGAGAAUUUGCAUUGUUUCAGACACCAAAAUGCAAUGUUUAGUGAAUAAACCAGUUUUCACUUACUGAAAGGAUAUUGUAUUUAAAUCUUUAUGUAAGUCUCAUAUAUGACAGGUGUAAAAAAUGUAGUGUUAAAUUUCCCAUGCAAUAUAGAAAUAGUGAUGCAGGAACAUUGAUAUACAAUCACACUAGAUAAGUAACCUCCUGUAUAAUCCAUAUGUGUGCUGAGUUAACCAGGAGGGUUCAAUGCAGGGGAGAAGGGACUGAUCCCAGACCGCCAGAUAGAAGGUAGGCCCCAGGCCGCGGUCUCCAGUAGGUCUUAGUUUCCCCCCUUGGGGAAAGUAGAAAGCGAACUGCAUCCCAGAAUCAGUCUAACGGGCGGGGGAAGGGAACGUGCAUUAGCGCUCCCUCCUCCACCCGGCGGACACACGCGGUCCAUGAUGCAAGCCGGCCGCGGUAGGCGGCCAUGUGUAAAAGCUCUGGUCGGCAGGUAGAGCGCUCGUUCGCGAGCACCCCACGACCGGAGAAGGAAGCACACACGGGACCGCUGGAGUUGUACUCCACAUCCCGGGGCUCGGAGGAGGCAGAACAGGCCGACCUUCUGAAACCCCUGAGCGGAACAAUACCCGCACGAUCAGAGAAGCGGGCACAAAAAGGGAACAAAAAGGGGACAGAAACAGAACGGAGGAUGGGGGGACCCCAGAGGAUAGGAAUAAAUAUAGUGGAAGGAAUCAAAACUCCCCACAACCCCAGAGGGAAUAAGGCAGAGAGCCUAAAUUACUAAUACCAAGGAGUCCCCAAAUAAUUAAUAAAGUUAAACAGUAAUAUAAUAAAAUCCCAAAGCCACCAACUAAUAGCAGGAGGCAGUGGUACUCUUACCUGUACUGACUGUGGAGCAGCAAAGAGAGAGGAAAUGAUGUAAGGGGAGGGGAGUUUUAUAGUACCUAACUUUAUUCUGAUUGGUUGUUUUUUCUGUGCUGUGUUAUAAAAUUGGUAUUGCUGCAUUCCGAAUGCUAUUCUUUGUACAGGAUUCAGAGGAUUAACAGAGCACCAAUUUUAACCUGAAUAGGGGCAGAAUGCAUCAAAAAGGUUUCCCAAUCAUAAAUUAUCGAACACUUGCUUUUAUGGAAAUGAACGAUCAGUCUAAAUAUUAUUUUCGCAAUGGCAACGCUAGCAGCCAGCGAGCAAAUGGUAAAAUAAUCCUCGGCAAUGUGAGGGUUAAUUGUAUGGCGGCUGGUUAAAUAAUAAAAAAUUUCUGUGGGGUCAAUAAGACCCCCUUUUACUAUAAGGGAGGACCUGUCAUGGCAUGUCUACUAUACGUUUAGAACUAGCUGUAAAAAAAACAACGCAUGGAGCUUGUGAAGUAAGCGGCUGGGGAGUUUAACAAUCUUUCCCCUGGAUUGGUGGCAGGUGGGGGCCCAAAUUAUUGUAUUCAAGGGGGACCUACUGUUCUCCACGGUCUACAGGCAUGGACUGUGGGGUCUUAUUAAUUAAAUAAUGGGGAAGGUGGAUAUGCUAUUGUCCACCUCCAAAAAUUGGCAGGUCCAACUUCCUUUCCUAUGAGUGGCUAUGGGUUUCCCCAUUAAAAAUAAAUGAUGUGCCCCAUGCAUAUUAUAAUGUGGACCUCCUCUCAUCAUUAGUGAGUGGAGGCUGGGGUAGGACACUAAGUCCUCCCUCUUUAAUAUUAUAGUUAAGUCCCCCCACUCACUGUCCAUGGGUGGGAGCAGAUAGGGUACAAUGAUCUAUCUACCCGAUAAUAUUAUUUAAUUUCCUUCACUCGAUGCUAUGUGCCCAUUCAGUUAUUUCACAAACCCCAUCUCCAAAUAUGAUAGGUAUGUACCCACCUGCUGCAUGACAGGUGGGGGCAAUAUGAGGUAAAACAUCCCCUUAUAGUAAUAUAGUGGGGUCUUAUUGACCCCGAUGGAGUUAUUUAUAGAUUCAUUUUUAGCUCUGUCCAGUUGCCACGUAACUAACUCUAGCACCACUAAGUCUUAUUAACAACUUGACUGCUGCCACUGGUUUGAAGCAUUCAGCGGUGUUCGGACCAGCUGAAAUCCAGCUGAAAUUCAGGCCUGUUGAUUUCUGUCAAUUAGACUUUAGUAAUUAACCCUGCCUGUGUUAAACAUAGUGGUAAUAUUUCUCAAUACAAUAUUGAGGAAAUGGUGGAGGACAUAACAUUGGCAACAACGUGUUUUAAGAUACAGAAAUGUUUUAUGAAUUGGGUUUUAUUAUUGUAGAUUAAUAUAGUAUAAGAUAACACCAUUACAAUAAAAUGUAAAAAUAUAAAGAAUAUGACACUGUUAAUCUGUUGCAGUGGAACAGGAAGUCUGCCUCUUGUGUAAUGUAUCGGAACCUGCUCCUUCAUCCCAUAGUAGUAGUUAUUUUACAUCUACCUAACCUUAACCCAACAAUAGUGAGGAGGGGGUCAAUUAGCCUAAAAAGGUUAGAUAAUUAUACUGACCAUCAGAAGUCUUAUUUCUGCUAAUUUUUCUAUUUUUCCUUCCCAAUAAAGGCCAAAUCAAAAUCCAUAACAUCUUACACCAAAAAAGAAAGUUAAAGGCCCGGUCUAAAAAAAAAAAAACAAAACAAAAAAAAAAACCACAGAAAAUACAUCAAAAUUGCAGCACAAUAAAAAUGUAUGCAUUUUUACCCAUGAAGUGUUUGCCACAGAAUGAGCGCUCCUAGCGAGGCAAGCCCCUUUAUUGGCUUCCCAAAACAUAACUACUGCAAAGCAUAGGAAAAUUUCUCAUUGUUUGAGAUAUGACCAAGUGAUCUCCAAUUGGUUGGCAUAAUUCUGCUCUAAGUUAGAUUAUUGCCUGGAUUCAUUCACUGUGAGGUAGUAUGAAGAAGCUGUAUCUACUGGUGUGUUUGGUGCCUAUAGAUAGGUGAGACGGCUAUACAGUAAUCUGCAACAAACAGGUCAAGGAGUACUGAAUCACAAGAAUGAAGGAGUCCUACAAAACAUGGUUAAUAAGAACAAGCUCAGUGAACUGCAAUAGGACAGCAUCUAUUCAUUAUAAUAGAAACAUAGAAACAUAGAAUGUGACGGCAGAUAAGAACCAUUCGGCCCAUCUAGUCUGCCCAAUUUUCUAAAUACUUUCAUUAGUCCCUAGCCUUAUCUUAUAGUUAGGAUAGCCUUAUGCCUAUCCCACGCAUGCUUAAACUCCUUUACUGUGUUAACCUCUACCACUUCAGCUGGAAGGCUAUUCCAUGCAUCCACUACCCUCUCAGUAAAGUAAUACUUCCUGAUAUUAUUUUUAAACCUUUGUCCCUCUAAUUUAAGACUAUGUCCUCUUGUUGUGGUAGUUUUUCUUCUUUUAAAUAUAGUCUCCUCCUUUACUGUGUUGAUUCCCUUUAUAUAUUUAAAUGUUUCUAUCAUAUCCCCCCUGUCUCGUCUUUCCUCCAAGCUAUACAUGUUAAGAUCCUUUAACCUUUCCUGGUAAGUUUUAUCCCGCAAUCCAUGAACCAGUUUAGUAGCCCUUCUCUGAACCCUCUCUAAGGUAUCAAUAUCCUUCUGAAGAUACGGUCUCCAGUACUGUGUACAAUACUCCAAGUGAGGUCUCACCAGUGUUCUGUACAAUGGCAUGAGCACUUCCCUCUUUCUACUGCUAAUACCUCUCCCUAUACAACCAAGCAUUCUGCUAGCAUUUCCUGCUGCUCUAUUACAUUGUCUGCCUACCUUUAAGUCAUCAGAAAUAAUCACCCCUAAAUCCCUUUCCUCAUAUGUUGAGGUUAGGACUCUAUCAAAUAUUCUGUACUCUGCCCUUGGGUUUUUACGUCCAAGAUGCAUUAUCUUGCACUUAUCCACAUUAAAUGUCAGUUGCCACAAUUCUGACCAUUUUUCUAGUUUACCUAAAUCAUUUGUCAUUUGGCUUAUCACUCCUGGAACAUCAACCCUGUUACAUAUCUUAGUAUCAUCAGCAAAAAGACAUACCUUACCAUCAAGACCUUCUGCAAUAUCACUAAUAAAAUAUUAAAGAGAAUGGGUCCAAGUACAGAUCCCUGAGGUACCCCACUGGUGACAAGUCCAAGCUUCGAAUAUAUUCCAUUAACUACAACCCUCUGUUGCCUGUCACUCAGCCACUGCCUUACCCAUUCAACAAUAUUUGAAUCCAAACUUAAAGAUUGCAGUUUAUUGAUAAGCCUUCUAUGUGCAACAGUGUCAAAAGCCUUACUGAAAUCUAGGUAAGCAAUGUCUACUGCACCACCCUGAUCUAUAAUUUUAGUUACCCAAUCAAAAAAAUCAAUAAGAUUAGUUUGGCAUGAUCUCCCUGAAGUAAACCCAUGUUGUCUCUGAUCUUGAAAUCCAUGUGUUUUAGAUGUUCAUCAAUCCUAUCCUUUAACAUGGUUUCCAUCACUUUCCCCACUACUGAAGUAAGGCUUACUGGCCUAUAGUUGCCCGACUCCUCCCUAUUACCUUUCUUGUAAAUGGGCACAACAUUCGCUAACUUCCAAUCUUCUGGGACUACUCCUGUUAACAAUGAUUGGUUAAAUAAAUCUGUUAAUGGUUUUGCUAGUACACCACUAAGCUCUUUUAAUAGCUUUGGGUGUAUUCCAUCAGGUCCCAUUGACUUAUUUGUCUUUACUUUUGACAGUUGAAAUAGAACCUCUUCCUUUGUAAACUCACGUGUAAUAAAUGACUCAUUUAUCCUUUUUCUCAACUGAGGUCCCUUUCCUUCAUUUUCUUCUGUAAAUACAGAACAAAAAUAUUCAUUGAGGCAGUCAGCCUGACCUUUAUCCUCUUCUACAUACCUUCCUUCUUUUGUUUUUAAUCUAACUAAUCCUUGUUUUACUUUUCUUUUCUCAUUUAUGUAUCUAAAAAAUGUUUUAUCCCCCUUUUUUACUGACUGUGCUAUUUUCUCUUCUGUGUGUGAUUUGGAAGCUCUUAUAACUUGCUUAGCCUCUUUCUGCCUAAUCUUAUAGAUCAUUUUGUCUUCCUCACUCUGGGUUUUUUUAUAAUUCCUAAAUGCUAACUUUUUGUUUUUAACUAUUUUGGCCAUAUCUGCGGAGUACCACAGUGGUUUCUUGAAUUUUUUGCUUUUACUGACAAGCCUAAUGCAAUUUUCUGUUGCCUUCAAUAGUGCAACUUUUAAAUAAUCCCAUUUUUCUUGGACUCCAUUUAAAUUGCUCCAGUCUGAUAAUGACUCCUCUACACAUAUUCUAAUUUUAGAAAAGUCUGUUUUUCUAAAGUCUAAAACUUUUGUUUUUGUGUGGUGUGACUCAGUCACUGUUCUUAUAUUAAACCACACACAAACCGCAGCAAACCACAAACCAUAACACUCCCGACAACAAAACAGCCAAACAAAAGGUCCAGGCACUUUCAUUAGAUCAGACGUAGAUCAAUGUUUCAGAUCAAUGCUGGAGCCUUUAUCAAGCCAUCACUGAACUGACAAAGUAACGCACCUUGGACGAACCAAGAAACCACAGAUGGGUCAAAAGGUAUGUCAAUGCAGAAAUGACAUUAAGGAAUCUGGUGUGAAUAUCCAGAAUGUUCCUGCAAAGCGACAUAUCAUCCAUAAUACUUCUAGCAAUGAUAUAUCGGGAUGGUUUCUACGUUUGGCAGCUGAAUAUUCACCAGUUAUACUACACUAUAAAAGCUGUCAUUAGUAAAUCUGGGUCUGAGAGGUUACCCUGGAACUAGUUAGUUAUCCCACAGCAGACAAUAGCCAAUCAUACAUUAAGGACAUUGUGGAUUUCGUCCUCGGAUCUGUCUAUUUCUUGAUGGACAUUUCUAUAUUAUGGGAUGUUGAAAUAUUAGAGAUACAUAACAUAUGUAGACCUUUCAUUGUUUUAUUGAAUUGAUACAAGGGGCCUAUGGGUAUAAUCUUUCUAUUUUUUCAUGAUUUGAUCAGCUUAUAUUGUCUUUGUACCUAAAAUCACCCCAACUGCCCCAGAUAUUAUAAAAACCGAGCUUUAUUUGCUAAUUACUGAUCCAACAUAUUUUUACAGAGCUUCCAGCCUAACCUGAUCAUAGUGUGGAGUGUCCAUCUGUGUGAAUAUACAUGGCUUUGUGUGUGAAUGCAGGUGUGACGAAACUGCCUGGUACCUGUAUGCAGAAUCCCAUUCUUUCGUGUGUCUUCCUUUGAAGUACUGUGCUUCCCCUUAUGUGUUACUAUGUUUCCCCUAAUUUUUCAUAUUUUAUGCCUGUUUCCCCGCUCGGGAGCAUUCAUACGAAUGGACCCCAUUUGUCUCCCGAACGGGGACUGUCCCAGUGCCCCAUUAGAACGUUCCCGCUAUUUAAUCAGAACGUUCACACUUGUAACAUAAUUGCGAAACCGCAAGGGAAGUAACUAAUGAGUGGUCCCUUAGGUGGCCUCAUUCCCUCGUCCUCCCACUUGUCUCCCCAGUCAUCUCCCAAUUCCCUGUCUCUAACCACGUGUCUCUCCCUCCCUCACUCACUUCUAACCUAGAUACAUUGAUUACAUUUGCUCAGAAAUCCUUUUCUAUUUUGGUUUCUUAGUCUUAGGUGAUUAGAGGGUUUAACUUGAUUUAUGUGUUUGCAUUUUAUCUCUUGUAUAUUAUUGGCCAUUUCAUCUGAGUUUAUGCAUUGAAAACCGCCUUCUUCACAUUACUGUUUUUCCAACCACGCUGAGUGGCCUGAAACGUUUACUUCUGAGUCUCAUAUCAGUCUCUCUAUAAUUUUUAUAGGGUUCUCAGUUCAUUUGUUGGAGAGGAAGAAUGGAAAGGCGUGUUAUCUAUGCCAAACUUCACCUGAAUGUCCCAGAAUCCCAAAGGAACUCAUACCCUGGGGCACAGACAGAAGGUAAGCGCAUCUUUGUACUGCUAUCUAGACUUUAAUAUUAUAGUCACACAGCUUCAACUCAUACAAGGUUCCUCAAUAGCUACAACCUAUACAAGGAUUUCAAGAUCAAGACAACAUGGGUUUACUUCAGGGAGAUCAUGCCAAACUAAUCUUAUUGAUUUUUUUGAUUGGGUAACUAAAAUUAUAGAUCAGGGUGGUGCAGUAGACAUUGCUUACCUAGAUUUCAGUAAGGCUUUUGACACUGUUACACAUAGAAGGCUUAUCAAUAAACUGCAAUCUUUAAGUUUGUAUUCCAAUAUUGUUGAAUGGGUAAGGCAGUGCCCAAGGGCAGAGUACAGAAUAUUUGAUAGAGUCCUAACCUCAACAUCUGAGGAAAGGGAUUAAGGGGUGAUUAUUUCUGAUGACUUAAAGGUCGGCAGACAAUGUAAUAGAGCAGCAGGAAAUGCUAGCAGAAUGCUUGGUUGUAUAGGGAGAGGUAUUAGCAGUAGAAAGAGGGAAGUGCUCAUGCCAUUGUACAGAACACUGGUGAGACCUCACUUGGAGUAUUGUACACAGUACUGGAGACCGUAUCUUCAGAAGGAUAUUGAUACCUUAGAGAGGGUUCAGAGAAGGGUUACUAAACUGGUUCAUGGAUUGCGGGAUAAAACUUACCAGGAAAGGUUAAAGGAUCUUAACAUGUAUAGCUUGGAGGAAAGACGAGACAGUGGGGAUAUGAUAGAAACAUUUAAAUAUAUAAAGGGAAUCAACACAGUAAAGGAGGAGACUAUAUUUAAAAGAAGAAAAACUACCACAACAAGAGGACAUAGUCUUAAAUGUUUAAAAAUAAUAUCAGGAAGUAUUACUUUACUGAGAGGGUAGUGGCUGCAUGGAAUAGCCUUCUAGCUGAAGUGGUAGAGGUUAACACAGUAAAGGAGUUUAAGAAUGGGAUAGGCAUAAGGCUAUAGGAGCUAAAAGAGAACAAUGAAAGUAUUUAAAAAAAAUUGGAUAGACUAGAUGGGCCGAAUGGUUCUUAUCUGCCGUCACAUUCUAUGUUUCUAGGUUCCUUCCCAGCUACACCCCAAACAAGGUACCUCCACAGCUGCACCCUAUACACAGUUCCUUCACUAAUACACUUCUUUUCCUCUGUGUCUCAUCUCGGCAAUGACAGCCAAUACCCAUCUACUUACCCUGGCUGCUUCUACAUUAAAACAUGAUCCCCAAGUAUUCACAAGCUUCAUUAAUGUCCUCCUAAACCCACUCUCAGUGUUAGCAAUGUAUUCUAUAGUAUAUAUACGUAAUAUUAAUAGAACACUAAAUUUAUGUUCAUAGUUUGGCAAUCAUUUCUACAGAACUAGUGCAGAUUAAGAUCAAUAAUUUAGAAUAUUAUUUUUCAGUCCUGGAUAUGGAAAUGCCUUAUUAUAUGUUGGCAAUCCAGUUCUGGCAAUCCUGCAAUCCUGUUUGCAGUAAAAGGUACAGUGUACGCAGUUAGUUAGAAUGGCGUUACCAGCUUUUAACCAAUUACCUGUCGUAGCAAUCUAGACUCAGGUCUGUAUCGUACAGUAUAAGGAACACACGGAUUGUGAUUGUAGCUGUAUUCCAUGUGAAUUGGCGUUUGGGUUCAUUUAUUAAUACUGUGGGUUUUAGAGCAGGUAAAUAAAUGAUUUAUUUUAUUAAGAGAGAGCAUGGGAUACAUCAUUGUUACAUCUUUCAGUUUUCCUGGAAUUUAUUAAGUUAGGAGAUAACAGACAUGCGCUAUAUCAGACAUGCCUUGCUUCCCAGUGACACAAUCAGAUAAAGGGAUACAAACCAUGCCGCCAUAUUGACCAGCGUCAAGCUAUCACGCAGUCAGCGCUAUCAUGUCUCAUGACUCCGCAGAGAACAACACCUAUAUUUAGCUGUCAGGCCAUUUAAGACUCCUGAAAUAAAGCCACACUCAGCGCUAUCGCAUUAGCAGUGAGGGUUUAUUGUAAGUUUACAGUAUAAACUAUGGAUUGGAAUUUUUCUUUGCUUACAAAUUCAAAUAUAACAAAAAGUUAUAAGUAAUGCAACAAACACAUUUUUAAAGUGAACUUGCUGAACAACUACAAGUUACAUUCUUAUAAAAUGUUUAAAAAAUACACAUUGUGUUUUCACAUUGACAUAAUUUCAGCUUUAAAAACAUAUUUAGCCUUCUAUAACUAUAUAUUUCAAUAAAAAAUAGCAAUUGCAUAUUGCAAGAGAAAUACAUUAUUUUUGUUAUUUUGUGUAAUUAAUCAUUUAUGCAGAAUACGUACAGGAAUAUAAUAUCUGAAAAAGAAAACAUAUAUAUUAACCCCUUAAGGACAUAGUUUCAGAAAUAAAAUGGAAUCAUGACGGAAUAUUUCCGUCAUGUGUCCUUAAGGGGGUAAAUAAAAAUUAUAACAUUAUAGUACCAUAUCUCAUUAUACAAUAUACAUGGUCUUAUCUCCAUCUGAAUUUCCAUACCAUGGUAACAGUAAAAAUAAUCAUUUAAAUUAUAAAUGCAUCAUUGUUUGAAAUUUCUUCUUUCAUAAACAGGUGCCUGUGAUUUAAAUAUAAUAUAAAGUGUAGUGAGUCCAUAGUCAGUACUGUGCUUUAUAUAUAAUGUAACAUGUAACGUGUAACAUGUCUGUACUGUGCUUUAUAUAUAAUGUAACGUGUAACAUGUCAGUAUUGUGCUUUACAUAUAAUGUAACGUGUAACAUGUCAGUAUUGUGCUUUAUAUAUAAUGUAACGUGUAACAUGUCAGUAUUGUGCUUUAUAUAUAAUGUAACGUGUAACAUGUCAGUAUUGUGCUUUAUAUAUAAUGUAACGUGUAACAUGUCUGUACUGUGCUUUAUAUAUAAUGUAACAUGUAACGUGUCAGUACUGUGCUUUAUAUAUAAUGUAACGUGUCAAUACUGUGCUUUCUAAAUAAUGUAAUGUGUAAUGUGUCAGUACUGUGCUUUAUAUAUAAUGUAACAUGUAACGUGUAACAUGUCAGUACUGUGCUUUAUAUAUAAUGUAACAUGUAACGUGUAACAUGUCAGUACUGUGCUUUAUAUAUAAUGUAACGUGUCAAUACUGUGCUUUCUAAAUAAUGUAAUGUGUAAUGUGUCAGUACUGUGCUUUAUAUAUAAUGUAACAUGUAACGUGUAACAUGUCUGUACUGAGCUUUAUAUAUAAUGUAACGUGUCAGUACUGUGCUUUAUAUAUAAUGUAACAUGUAACGUGUCAGUACUGUGCUUUAUAUAUAAUGUAACGUGUCAAUACUGUGCUUUCUAAAUAAUGUAAUGUGUCAGUACUGUGCUUUAUAUAUAAUGUAACGUGUAACGUGUAACAUGUCUGUACUGAGCUUUAUAUAUAAUGUAACGUGUAACGUGUCAGUACUGUGCUUUAUAUAUAAUGUAACAUGUCAGUUCUGUGCUAUAUAUAUAAUGUAACAUGUCAGUUCUGUGCUAUAUAUAUAUAAUGUAACGUGUAACAUGUCUGUACUGUGCUUUAUAUAUAAUGUAACGUGUAACGUGUAACGUGUCACUACUGUGCUUUAUAUAUAAUGUAACGUGUCAAUACUGUGCUUUCUAAAUAAUGUAAUGUGUAAUGUGUCAGUACUGUGCUUUAUAUAUAAUGUAACAUGUAACGUGUCAGUACUGUGCUUUAUAUAUAAUGUAACGUGUCAAUACUGUGCUUUCUAAAUAAUGUAAUGUGUAAUGUGUCAGUACUGUGCUUUAUAUAUAAUGUAACAUGUAACGUGUCAGUACUGUGCUUUAUAUAUAAAUAUAUGGCUUACAUAUAGCGAUACGCCAGUACUGGCCUUUGCCAUAAUGCCAACAUAUCGAGUUCAUUACUAUAUAUAUAAUGUAACAUAUCAGUUCUGUACUUUCUCUCAUAUAUCAUACUGUACUUUCUAAAUAAUGUAGUAAUGUAAUGUGUCCAGUACUGUACUUUAUAUAUAAUGUAACAUGUAGCGUGUAACAUAUCUGUACACAAUACUUUAUAUAUAAUGUAGCGAUGUCAGUACUGUGCUUUAUAUAUAAUAUAACAUGUCAGUUCUAUGCUAUAUAUAUAAUGUAACUUACGUGCGCCGGCAUGUCUGUACAAUACUUUAUAUAUAAUGUAGCGUGUAGCAUUAAUAGCAUUAAUCCAGUACUGUACUUUUAUAUAUAAUGUAACUUUUGAUGUCAAUACUGUAUAGCACCACAAUGAAAAUGCUGUGUAACAUGUCAGUAUUGUGCUUUAUAUAUAAUGUAACGUGCAACAUGUCUGUACUGUGCUUUAUAUAUAAUGUAACAUGUAACGUGUCAGUACUGUGCUUUAUAUAUAAUGUAACGUGUCAAUACUGUGCUUUCUAAAUAAUGUAAUGUGUAAUGUGUCAGUACUGUGCUUUAUAUAUAAUGUAACGUGUAACGUGUAACAUGUCUGUACUGAGCUUUAUAUAUAAUGUAACGUGUAACGUGUCAGUACUGUGCUUUAUAUAUAAUGUAACAUGUCAGUUCUGUGCUAUAUAUAUAAUGUAACGUGUAACAUGUCUGUACUGUGCUUUAUAUAUAAUGUAACAUGUAACGUGUCAGUACUGUGCUUUCUAAAUAAUGUAAUGUGUAAUGUGUCAGUACUGUGCUUUAUAUAUAAUGUAAUGUGUCAAUACUGUGCUUUCUAAAUAAUGUAAUGUGUAAUGUGUCAGUACUGUGCUUUAUAUAUAAUGUAACAUGUAACGUGUAACAUGUCUGUACUGUGCUUUAUAUAUAAUGUAACAUGUAACAUGUCUGUACUGUGCUUUAUAUAUAAUGUAACGUGUCAAUACUGUGCUUUCUAAAUAAUGUAAUGUGUAAUGUGUCAGUACUGUGCUUUAUAUAUAAUGUAACAUGUAACGUGUAACAUGUCUGUACUGAGCUUUAUAUAUAAUGUAACGUGUAACGUGUCAGUACUGUGCUUUAUAUAUAAUGUAACAUGUCAGUUCUGUGCUAUAUAUAUAAUGUAACAUGUCAGUUCUGUGCUAUAUAUAUAAUGUAACGUGUAACAUGUCUGUACUGUGCUUUAUAUAUAAUGUAACGUGUAACGUGUCACUACUGUGCUUUAUAUAUAAUGUAACGUGUCAAUACUGUGCUUUCUAAAUAAUGUAAUGUGUAAUGUGUCAGUACUGUGCUUUAUAUAUAAUGUAACAUGUAACGUGUAACAUGUCUGUACUGUGCUUUAUAUAUAAUGUAACGUGUCAGUACUGUGCUUUAUAUAUAAUGUAACAUGUCAGUUCUGUGCUAUAUAUAUAAUGUAACGUGUAACAUGUCUGUACUGUGCUUUAUAUAUAAUGUAACGUGUAACGUGUCACUACUGUGCUUUAUAUAUAAUGUAACGUGUCAAUACUGUGCUUUCUAAAUAAUGUAAUGUGUAAUGUGUCAGUACUGUGCUUUAUAUAUAAUGUAACAUGUAACGUGUCAGUAUUGUGCUUUACAUAUAAUGUAACGUGUAACAUGUCUGUACUGUGCUUUAUAUAUAGUGUAACGUGUCAGUACUGUGCUUUAUAUAUAAUGUAACGUGUCAGUACUGUGCUUUAUUUACAAUGUAACGUGUAACGUGUCAGUACUGUGCUUUAUAUAUAAUGUAACGUGUAACGUGUCAGUACUGUGCUUUAUAUAUAAUGUAACGUGUAACGAUAUAGCUUGGUGCUACUUCUAAGUGCUGUUUCUAAGUGUGUAGUUGGAGAUAUUCUGGAGAGUUUUACAGAAGCUUCAACUGUCUAAGAGUUGUGCUAAGAGCUUUCUUUUCUACUGUUACAGGUAAGAUUCAUCUGUAGGAAAAGGUUACUGAUUGCACAAGGUUUGAAUUCCUGUUGGUAAUUGUGACAAAGUGCCCUUCGCCACUUGGUCCUGGAGAGGCCUACUUGCCAGCCUCCUCCCCUGUGACUAUGACUCUUUCAUGGAUCUGGCUUUAAAGCCCCUAGUCUACCUUCAGACAGACUAUUUAUGUAGGCUGCUUUAUUUAUCUUAUGUUUUAGUCACCCUGUACCCAUUAUAGGUGCAGGGUGUGUGUAAUGUAAUUGUUUAUAGUGUGUGUGUGUGUACUGUGUAAUGUAUUGCCUGCUCUCUUGUAUUGCUGAGGUUUGCUACCAACUAGGUGGGUUUGGUUAUGGAGCUGGUCUAGUGCCCUCUGUUGGUAGCAACAGCAAUAUGCACUACCUGAAUUGCAAGACUGGUUCAUUUGCAUAUUCGGGUAGAUUUGCAUAUUGCUAAUUCUGCAGGCAGGUGAGAUAUUUACUGUUAAAUAUUGUCUCCCCCACACCUUUAAAAUAUGCCAUUGUGUUGUGAUAAGUCACUGUGUGUUUCUUGAUAUGGUUUGACUGUUUGUGAUUUUAUUGAGUUUUCACAACAAUGUUAUUGUGGUGACCCUAUUGGCUGGUCCCAAGGGAAUAAAGGUUUUGACAGUUCUUCUUGAUUCCUCUAAACAUAGCCUUGUCUCGUUAUUGGAGGGACCUGUUAUAAUCACACUGGGGAUUGCUAUGCUCUGCAUGCUCCCCUGAGCUUGAGUCACUUAGCUCUUUUAAGAGCUUGAUCCUGACAUGCCCUCCUUGGAGGAGGGGUCUUCACCACACAGUCCUGGAUGCUGGAGGUUCAUACAGGGUGGAAGGAAGAGUUCUUUCCCACACAGUCCUGGUGGACAGAAGCUGAUCCAGGGUGGAAGGAAGACGGCGAGACUCCGGUCAAGAUACGGCAGUUGCGGAGUCUGCGGUGGUUGUGGUGUCUGCUGCAGUGCUUGGAGUCCUCAGGAAGCGCUAGGAGCAUCCGUCAACGGAGGGUACUCGGUCGGAGUACAGGGAGCUCCGUUACAGUAAUUAUAAGGCAUUUGAUUUGAUUAAGCUAGUUACUUGCUAUUGAUUGCUGGUUAAUUAGCUAUUGUUUGCAAAUAAGCAGAGGCCUACCCAGGUGUUAAACAUUCCUAGUGGGCGGUGAUUUUAAGAGUUAUAUAAGGCCUGGUUCCAUUAGCUUGUCGCUACUUCUAAGUGCUGUUUCUACGUGUGUAGUUGGAGAUAUUCUGGAGAUAAACUGGAGGUAAUCUGAGGUAUUCAGGAGGAUAAAUACAAAGUUAAGAUUUGUUAGAUUUAAAUUAUUCUCCUAAUUGGAAUGGCAGACUUAGUUCAGUGUAAUAGUUGCUAUGCAUUUGUUUCACAUUCCACUUUUUGGAGGUUUGGUUGUUGUCUAAUCUGUAGACAGUUUUCUAUCUUGCGGCAGGAGAUUGUAUUUUUGAAGUCUGAGAUUUGUAUAUUAUCUGGUGAACAAACUCAGACUGGAACUGCUGGAAAGCCACUGCCGCAGAGACAUACUAGGAAAGGCAGAUGGAUUACUGCAGGAUCUGGUAGACUUAGAGUUGUGGAUAAAAGGCAUAUUUCACAGUCUGUUGCUAUACAUAAUUCAUUUUCUGCACUUUCAGAGUGUAAUGGUGUUGUGGAGAGAGGCACUGAGGCUAGUGGUGUUGUGGAGAGAGGCACUGAGGCUAGUGGUGUUGUGGAGAGAGGCACUGAGGCUAGUGGUAUUGUGGAGAGAGGCACUGAGGCUAGUGGUAUUGUGGAGAGAGGCACUGAGGCUAGUGGUGUUGUGGAGAGAGGCACUGAGGCUAGUGGUGUUGUGGAGAGAGGCACUGAGGCUAGUGGUGUUGUGGAGAGCGGCACUGAGACUAGUGGUGUUGCGGAGACCGGCUUGGAGACUAUGGUGAGGCCUAAUAGAAAGCAGUUGUUGUUGGGGGAUUCCAUUAUAAGAGGUGUGGAGAUGGACAAUGAUGGUCUUGUGAGGUGUCUUCCCGGAGCUACUGCUCACAGAGACAGGAGACGUAUCUGUAAUAUUGUUAAGCAAGCAAAGCAGGAAGGGGAAUUGGAUGUACUUGUCCAUCUAGGGACAAAUGACUUGGCUUACAAUGAGGUUUCAGAGGUUAAGGAAGUUUUUAGUGUUUUUGCCAAUGAUAUACGGCAGGUUGCUUCCACACUGUCAUUCUCUGAAGUUCUGCCUGUGCAUAACACUCAGAACGACAGGCGGAUGCGUAUUAGGGACUUUAAUUUGUGGCUUGGUGAAUGGUUUCGGGAGCAAGGAUUUGGCUUUAUUUCUCAUGGUAGCUCUGUUUGGAAUGGAGAUAAGCUGUACAAAAAAGAUGGUUUGCAUCUUUUUCAGUACUGUGCUUUAUAUAUAAUGUAAUGUGUAACGUGUCAGUACUGUGCUUUAUAUAUAAUGUAACAUGUAACAUGUCACUACUGUGCUUUAUAUAUAAUGUAAAAUGUAACAUGUCAGUACUGUGCUUUAUAUAUAAUGUAACAUGUAACGUGUCAGUACUGUGCUUUAUAUAUAAUGUAACAUGUAACGUGUCAGUACUGUGCUUUAUAUAUAAUGUAAUGUUUAAUGUGUCAAUACUCUGCUUUAUAUAACUUUUAACAUGUUUAAUUUCAUUUCAGAGCUAUCAAAAAUAAAAAGUAAUGUCUCCAUUGAUCUAGCAGACCAUCAGGAAGAAACCACCAGGAUUAAAUCUCGAAGACUCUCCCCGAAUCGCUGUAAAUAAUUACUUUCUGUGAGGGCAGUAGGGCAUGUUAUUGGGAUUUUCUGUAAAUAUAAAGGCAUCUCAAUUAUGGGCAAAUAGAAAUAUAUAGAAUGUGAUGGCAGAUAAGACCCAAUCAGUCUAGUCUGCCCAUAAAAUAAAUAAUGAAAUCCACUAAGGUAUUCACUAAAUACCAAAUUGUAGCCUCAAUUUAUUAAUGUUUGAUUUUCUUUUUAAAGGAUUUAAUAUUACAAAACAUUUAAAUUGUUUGAUAUUUUGAUAUUUUCAGUGUAUUAAUACAUUUAUUUAUACACAAAUAUACAUAGAUCACAUUUCUGGGCGAGUUAAAGGACUGAUCUUCACCUUGAUUGCAGCCUGUGCCGUUCUCCUGACUGUCUCUGUAUGCCUGGGAAUAUACGGUAAUGAUGUUAACCCUACCCUGGGUCCUCCAUCCCUGCUUGGGACGUAA